GCUCAGUGAGAUCAAUGUCUGCUCCGUCAGAAGUCUUCACAAGCUCUUAGCAAACUCUCCUAAAACAUAUACUUAAGCAAAACCAUGCUGGCAACCAGGACUUUGCUUUCAAAGAAAACUCUGGCCAUUCUUUCUCGCCAGCCAGCCUGCUUCGUUCAUCAAGGUGAUUAUGGCAACUGGGGGAACACCAACAUUGCAGUGGUUUUCUCAGGAUGCGGAUGGUGGGAUGGAACUGACGUCCACGAAGGGGUGUACACCAUGUACCACCUGAGCCGAAACGGUGCUCGCUUCCAGAUGUUUGCUCCCAACCAGCAGCAGAUGCAUGUGAUGGACCACAUGAAAAAGCAGCCUGCCUCUGGCGAGAAUCGGAACAUGAUGAUGGAGUCGGCUCGCUUCAGCCACGGUCAGGGGAAGAUGCAGAUGCAGGACCUGUCCACGCUGGAUGCCAACAGCUUCGACGCCGUCAUCUUCCCUGGAGGGCAUGGAAUCAUCAAAAACCUCUCCUCUUUUAUGAAGGACGGCAAAGACUGCAAGCUGCACAACGAUGUGGAGAGGGUGCUCAAAGAGUUCCAUCGUUCACACAAGCCUAUCGGAUUGUCCAGCAUGGCUCCUGUGCUGGCCUGUCGCGUGCUGCCCAGCAUUGAGGUGACAAUGGGCUAUGAACGAGACGAGAACACCCGCUGGGGGAACUGGCCCCACACAAACAUGGUGCAGACUGUGAAGAGCAUGGGCGCUCGCCACAACGUCCGCGAGCCCUACGAGGCCUAUGUGGACGAGAAGAACAAAGUGGUCAGCACUCCAUCCUUCAUGUGGGACACUGAUUACCACUACCACUACAUCUUUGAUGGGAUUGGAAAUAUGGUCAAACACGUCAUGCGUAUGUCGACCAAGUGAGGCUGGAAAUAAUGAAUGUUGAUAUCGACUCAGCAUUCACCUCUGUACUGUAAUGAAAUCCUACCUGAAAAAUAAAGCUGCUUUAGUGAA